AUGAGGAAUUCCACGUUGAACGAUGAGAGAAGGUUUGUGGAAGCGAGAAGAGCGCUAAACUAAACAUUCAUCAGCCUUCAGAAUAGCAGCAACCGAAGAACAAAUUCGUUCGGUCAAUGUUCAACAAGCAAAGAAUAGUGUCGUCGCAGAAAGGUACGCGCUUUCCAGAUAAUUGAUUCCAACAUAAGAUCUUCAGACAGCACGAAAUAAAGGAUCCGGUCGAACUGGAACUUGCCCGUCAAACGCUUACUUUUCUAAAUAUGGAAGAAGCCGUAACCAAGCCAAGACCAUCUAUCAAAAUGUAAGAAUAGUUAAUUAAACGUUGAACUAUUGUUAUGUUUUCAGUGCCCAAGAAGACGGAUCUUGUCCAAUCAUAGAAAAGAUUCCCGAUCUGCAAGGAGCUCUGCCACAAGCCGUUCUUUUGAUUCAGAAUCUUCAAGAAGGCGAAGUUCAUGCCGUGCAUCCGGAGAUUGGCCCGGGAGGAACUUGGAAGCCGAACGACUGCCAAGCUCGCGAUAAAAUCGCCAUAAUCAUUCCGUACCGAGAUCGGCAAACCCAUCUCACUCGACUCAUCGAUUUCCUGAUUCCGAUUCUUCAAAGACAACGUUUAGACUUUAGAUUCAUUGUCACUGAGCAGGUGAGACAGUUUUCGAUAAAAUCGUUGAAAGAAUUUGAAGUGUUCAGUACGGAAACGACUUGUUCAACAAAGGACGAAUCAUGAACGCUGCGUUCAUUUUCGCCGAAAGCCUCGGCGUCGAUUGCGUUGUCUUUCACGACGUCGACAUGUUCCCGCAAAACGACCGGAAUCCGUAUUCGUGCCCUCCGGGUCCACGUCAUCUCGGCGCUUUCGUCAGCAAUCUCGGCUAUCAGCUGUGGUACAAAGAGAUCGUCGGAGGAGUUCUAGCCGUGUCGAUGGCCGAUUAUCGCGCAGUCAACGGGUAUUCGAAUCAGUUCUGGGCGUGGGGAGGAGAAGACGACGAUAUGGGACAGCGCAUUUUGUCACUUAACUACACAAUCGAAAGACCGAAUCCGGAGACCGGGAGGUAUUCGAUGCUGAAACAUGUGAAAGGAAACGGACGGCACCGAAGCUGAUGUGAGUCAUUUCUCAAUUAAAACAAUGAAAACAUAAUAAUUUCAGUUACAAACUACUCGGAAACAGUGCAAACCGCGUCGCCUAUGACGGACUAAACGAGACGGACAAAUGGACUAUCAGAAAAGUGAGCAAUUCUCUUUUACCCCUUCCUUUUAUCGUGAUUUUCCAGGUCACAACGCGUCCGCUCUACUAUCAUCUCUACGUCGACGUCGGUCAAGUUCCCGAAGAAUGGCGAGCCAAAUCAUAG